GAAUUUUUAUGUAACCGACAAAAACUAUCGACAAGAUACUUUAAUCAAGGCAUAUAAUUUGGUAAGACUUAGCAAGAUUAUAAAAACUAGUUUAAAUGAACAUGGAGUACUAAUUAAAGAUGACGCAAAUGAAGUGUUACACAAUGAUAGUUGUAGUUUUCUUAGAAUCACUAAAGCUAAUCCUAAAGUUCUUUUAGGAUUUGUAUUACUAGCCA